CACUUCAUUGUCUCUCUGAAAUGACUCCUUUCCUUUGAUUUUCUGGAAAUCCGUUUUCUGUUAUAAAUUUAUUUGUAGAUUUUGCCAAACUGUUAAAAUGUGUUCUCUCUUGCGCAAAACACUGUGCAUAUUGCGAUCCGACAAGGUUUUAGUGAUGGCAAGUGCUCAGAUUAAGUUACUUUUUUCUUUUUAGGUGACUCAUUAUUGAGCAGGUCUAUUCUUUUCGGGGAAAAAUCGGGAUGAGAGAUCGUCCUUCAAAACUCAGGCAUGCAUCAAGCAAUGAGAUCAUUUGUGUUAUAAAUAUCUCCGUGCCAGUAGAACUACUCUAGCUACAGCAGCCAGGGUUAUGCCUACCAGAGCAGGAACUACAAGCGUGUGCACACAAGUGCACAGACCACAGGAUCAACAGCAAAAUGCUGGUGCUGAUCUAGAACAAACAUACCGUCCCUUUUUGGAAGAAUGUGCUGUCCUUUCUGCAUUUUCAUUUUCGCUCAUUUAAUUUGCAUCGUGCCCGUGACAGGAUAUGGAAAGGUUCCAUUGAAUGAUCAACUUCUCGAAGACAGUAGCAAUUCAGGUCGCAGGACUGGCAGACUUUACUGUAGGGUUGGCAUUGGCUUUCAUCUCCAGAUUCACCCCGAUGGCAGAGUUAAUGGGAGUCAUGAACCCGACGAAUUAAGUAUUUUAGAGCUGUUUGCAGUGUCUCAAGGAGUUGUAGGAAUUCGAGGAGUUUUCAGUAACAGAUAUUUAGCCAUGAAUAAAAAGGGAAGGCUCCAUGCAAUUGGAAAAUUCACUGAUGAUUGCAAGUUCAGGGAGAGAUUUCAAGAGAACAGUUACAACACGUAUGCCUCAGUGACACACAAGAACCACAGGACUGGAAGGGAAUGGUUUGUGGCUCUGAACAAAAGAGGAAAAGCAAAGAUGGGGUCCAGCCCCCGUGUAAAAUCCCAGCAUGUCUCUACGCAUUUCCUGCCCAGAUUCAACUUGCAAGAGAAAAGUGAACGGGGUUUUACAAUCACAGACAAGAGCAGAGAAAGGAAAAAGCCACUGCCUUCAACACCAAAGCCUCCUGCACCAAAGGUUAACAUGGACAUUGGACAGAAACGUGUUAGAGUAGUAAAAUACUGGCCCAAGUUCAGAUUUGGAUAAAAGUCUUAGGAAGACUAACUGGGAUAACAUAGAAAUGGUACAGAGCUGGACUUGUUCUUAAAAAGGAGCAUACACUGUAGCUUAGCUUAGAGCAAAAAUGCUUUUCAAAUACAAGAAGCAUUCCAAUCAGCAAAUUACGUACAAGAAAAGGGGCUCACAUAAAUUCAUAUGACAAGAAGCUCAGAAAAAUUAUACAAUUUAUAUAUUGCUGCUGUCUUUAAAACUAUUCAGAGUGGUCAUUCUUUCUUCCAAAAGAAAAGUGGAUAAUUUAUAGCUUGGUCAUUAUUAGGUCUUUAAUUUGGACCUUUCAAGAAAACACACCUGCUGGUAUAACAUCAAAAUAUAGUUU